AUGAAGCAAGUUAAAUUCGUCCCACACCAAUCUCAAUGGACCGAUGAAGAGUUUCAAGCCAUGGUUGAAGGUGUUGAGAACGACAUAGACGGCGAACUUGAAGGAGCUCAAAUCACAAUUGCAACCAAAAUUGCAGAGGUCAAGGAACAGAUAGCUCCACUUAAAGCUACCAAAGCUACUCUUGACCUCAUGGAUAGUUACCGUUUAGAUGUCAAGA